GAGUUUGUAUUGCACUCGUUGCAGUAGGAGGGUCCAUGUGCACAGAAUGACGUCGCGCUCACUGCAAGUCCGACCGACUCCUUCGUUGUUUUAUUAGGGGCUUUAUUUUAAUCUAAAAGGCGAGAUUAAACUAUCUAUAUAUCAUGGACAUUGUGUAAAACCACUUGCCUCUGUUGUCAAAUCCGUCGCUGUCUAUUGUCGCCCUGUUUUGAACAUCGGUUUGCAGUUGAGAAUCAGCAGCAGUCAUAUAUAUACGCAGCAGUCUAUGUUCUCAGCUGUCAAACUGAAACUAGUAGAUAUUCUCGAAAGAGUAGACCAGUGCAUUCUUGCCCCGGGAGGAAUAUCUUUUGACCAGGUUGCAUGUCUUUUUUUCUCCUUUGGAUUAUUGCUGCCCAGCAACCCAGCCACCUGACAAGUCUGAAUGUCGUAAUUAAGGUAAACCGAUGACGUGGUGAUGGAGACCAAAACACACAAAAUCUACUUUGAUGGAAACGACACAGCCGAGAGCAGGUGGCCCCAAAUCCCCAGUACCAUGGAGUACUGCUGCAGCACCCAAGAAUCCGCUUCAACCAGCAACGAUAUCCUGAUGGACAUAGCCAACACCAACUGUCCAGCUGGGAGCCCAGCGGCUGACUGUAAGGAGAACAACACCAAGAAGCUGGAGCCCCCGGUGCUUCGCCUGAGCCAGGCCCAGCCUUUUGUUCUGCCUCUCCUCAACAACUCCCUGUAUAGUCGCAAACAGGAAAUGGACUCUAAGGAGCUUUCCAAGACUGUGGCCGAGUCCAUGGGCCUGUACAUGAAUGCGGUCCGCGAGGCCGACUUUGGCUUCAGCCAACACGGGGGCAGCACCAGUCCCGGGAAGUUCUACCCAGGGUGCGGUCGCCCCCUCGAGGGCAACCAGUGUACAAAGUUGACAAAGAGCCCCCCGCUGGGCUUCCCGCAGUGCAGCGCUGCCUCUCGAGACUGCACUGCCUCCGGGCCUCAGCAGGUGAGCUCCGCCUCCUCACAGGUGUCCUCUCUCAGCUGCAGUCCCCAGACGUCCAGCUCCGUCUCCAGCCACAGCGUCGGCGGCGGCGGCGGCGGCGGCAGCAGCAGCAACAUGGUGUCGUCCACAACCAGUCCCACCACGUGCUUCGGCCCGGCGCACUCCUCCAUCAGCAGCCCGCUCAGCCAAGCUCCCUCCGUCCCGCAUACACUGGGCCACAUCCAGCGCAGGAAUUCCGUCACGUGUAGCCCAGUGGAGUCCAGCACCGUGGGAUCCCCGCCUCUCACCAGCCCACUCAACGUCAUGAAGUCGCCCAUGUCCAGUCCACAGAGCAUGGGCAGUGUGAGGUCCCCGCCCCCCUGCAGCGGCGCCUGCAACAUGAGGUCAUCUGUUUCGAGCCCAACCGGUAGCAAUGGUAACGUCACGGCCGGCAGCUGCACGGUGAGGUCGUCCAUCUCAAGCCCCGCAGCGGGCGGCUCCAUGGCGACCGGCAGCCCGCGAAACCUCUCAUUCGGCGGGUUUCCCAUGUCCAGUCCCGCCAGUGGACUGGGGCUGGUGCAGAACGACACCAACAGCCCCGAAGCGGCGGGUCUGGCAAAAGACCCAGACUUCAAGAACUUUGAGUUCCCCAAGGUGGAGAUGGUCGACGGGGAGGUUUUUAACGUGGGCCUGGAUCACAUGGGGAUGGUGAAGUACAUAAAAAACGAACCGGGGACUGACCUGAGGAGCAUGUGUUUAGGCAGCUCCAAGUGCAGUGGAAAUGGUACAGCCUAUAUCACGCAGAUAAAAAGUGAGCCCAACAAAGACGAGGACUGCAUGAAUCAGCCACUGUACAACGAGCAGCCUCGAUCUCUGGGCCUCUUCCCCGCAUCGGAGACAACCUAUUUAUCCCUGAGGAAUAACAUAGACGAAUACAGUCUUUCCGGUAUUUUAGGACCCCCCAUCUCCUCCAUGAAUGGCAACUAUGAAUCCGAAGGUUUCCUCAACAAUGUACUGUCUAAAGGUGUUAAGCAGGAGUCCAUUGAUGGGAGCUAUUACCAAGAAAACAGCGGCAUGACCCCGUCGGCCAUUGUUGGGGUUAAUUCAGGUGGACACUCGUUCCACUACCAGGUCGGAGCACAAGGAACAAUGUCUUUUGGGCGGAAUGAUGUAAGGGACCAGUCCAAUCCUUUGUUGAACCUCAUUUCCCCCGUAACAGCGCUAAUGGAAUCGUGGAAGUCUCGGCCAGGCAUGGCCCAGGGUGCGAUGUCAGCCAGGGGAGAGGGCUACCUGGGGCAGGGAUGCAUCGUGGACAACAUGUCAAGCUCGUCACUAAGACAACCUUCAUCGACGGCCAAAGUGUGUCUGGUGUGCGGGGACGAGGCGUCCGGGUGCCACUACGGCGUGGUGACGUGUGGGAGCUGCAAGGUGUUCUUCAAAAGAGCGGUGGAAGGUCAGCACAACUACCUUUGCGCCGGCAGGAACGACUGCAUCAUCGACAAGAUCCGCAGGAAAAACUGCCCGGCGUGUCGCGUGCGGAAGUGUCUGCAGGCCGGCAUGAACCUGGGAGCACGUAAAUCCAAGAAGCUGGGCAAGCUGAAGGGAGUGAGCGAGGACCUGCACGGCUCCAAGGAGAGCCAAACGACCGCCGGAGGUGGUGCGGGCGGGGGGGUCGGUGGCGGAGGCGGCGGGGGCAACGGCGGCGGCGGCGGCGGCGGCGGCGGCGGAGGCGGGGGAGGGUACCUGUCCUCAGAGAAGGAGCUGAGCGCCAGCCAGGCCCAGAGCAACGCCCUGGUGCCCCACGGGCUGGGCGUGGUCACCCCCUACCUGCCCCCCUCCAUCUGCAGCGUGCUGGAGCUCAUCGAGCCGGAGGAGGUGUUCUCCGGCUACGACAACAGCAUGCCCGACACCACCGACCACCUGCUGUCUAGCCUCAACUGCCUGGCCGGCAAGCAGCUUGUGCGCAUGGUCAAGUGGGCCAAAGUACUUCCAGGAUUCCGAGGCCUGCCGAUAGAGGACCAGAUCACGCUGAUCCAGUACUCGUGGAUGUGCAUGCUGUCCUUCUGCCUCAGCUGGCGGUCGUACAAACACACCAACGGGCAGCUGCUCUACUUCGCCCCGGACCUCAUCUUUAACGAGGAGCGCAUGCAGCUGUCCGCCAUGUACGACCUGUGUGUGGGAAUGAGGCAGGUGAGCCUGGAGUUUGUCCGGCUGCAGCUUACCUAUGACGAGUUCCUCUCCAUGAAGGUGCUGCUGCUGCUCAGCACAGUGCCCAAGGAGGGUCUGAAGAGCCAGGCGGCGUUCGAGGAGAUGAGGGUGAACUACAUCAAGGAGCUGAGGCGCUCGGUGGGCAAGGCCACCAACAACUCUGGUCAGACCUGGCAGCGUUUCUUCCAGCUCACCAAGCUGCUGGACGCCAUGCACGACCUGGUGAGCAACCUGCUGGACUUCUGCUUCUACACCUUCCGCGAGUCGGAGGCCCUGAAGGUGGAGUUCCCCGACAUGCUGGUGGAGAUCAUCAGCGACCAGAUACCAAAGGUGGAGUCGGGCCUCACGCACACACUGUACUUCCACAAGAAAUGACCGCGCCCGGCCGCCCCUGCCCCCACGCGGGACGGGGAACGCAGAGCACCGGGAGGACAACAGAGAGACGCACCGCAACACGCCACACACUGACACCGGGAGGAGACGCCGAGGGGCCCGCGGGGGGAAGGCGGAGGGGGGGGGAGGAGGAGGAGGAGAAAGAGGGGGAGGAGGGUGAGGAAGGAUCGCCUCCUCUGUGGAAACCCGUGGAACCCGUUGGCCGUACCGUGCCGCCGCCGCCACCCCCACCGCCUCCACCCCCACCGCCUCCACCCCCACCGCCGCCACCGCCCGCCAUCGAAGCUCUCUCUCCAGGACGGAGGACACCGAGAAGGAGAGAGGGGUGCAUUGCUGUGGUGUCCCUCCUUCCUCCCCCCCCCCCCCCCCUCCCCGAUGCCCUGCCCGCCCCACCCCCUCACCCAGGGGUGGAGAUGAGUGAGGAUGGGGGUCGUCCGAGGGGAGGAGAGAUGACCCCCCUUGUAUUCCCCUAAGACUCUCCGUCUUCUGUGGGCGGGAAUUAAAAAAACAAAAAAACGGUUCUUGGGAGUCGAGGACAUCGCACACAAACACAAACACACACACACGAGCACACACACGGACCCAGAAGAAGGUCUUGGGGAGUGAGAUAGGACUGAUCAUCCCUGACCCCACCCCCAGCCCCUCCCCCGUCCCCCUGUCCCCCCUUGCCAGACCCCCGUGCCCAAAAGACAAUGACUUCAAAGUGUUUUCUAUGGAGACCAAGCCAUACAUUUCCAAAAUGAAGCAUUUCGCCCCUUGCACCAUGCGCAAACAUAUACACACACACACACACACAUUUAUACAAGUAGUGUGUGAGAGGGAUUAUCACAAAGUUCACACACUCUUCUCCACGUAUGUAGAAAGAAAUGCACAAACACACUCCACAUAAACUACCACACACACCUUUUCUCACAUUUAACAAAAAAAAAGACAAAAAACUCACUCAUUAGCAGUUGCUUAUGCAGUCUUUAAAGAAAUGAACACAGUACUUCUCAAAUAUGUACAAAAGAAAAGAGCCAAUAUCUAGUUUUAGCUUUGCAACGUAUUGACUUACAGUAACGUAACAACACACGGCUAAAUAAUUAAUUUGUUUGUUUUUUACGAGAAAACAAACCUAAGGCAAAAUGUCUAUUUGACUAUAUUUAAAGGGCUAUACUAGCUGAAUAGUGACUUCAAUUCUAACCUUGAUAAUCCCAACCGUGAGAUUCUCCACCUGGGAGAACACAACUCUCUCAACUCUUUAUUCAGAAAACCCUUUUUAUAAAUAAGAAAAAAUGCAAAACACAAUACAAUCAGAACUAAUAUGCAAAACCUCAGAGCUAAUGCUGUUUUAAAAAAAUAUAACAUUUCUAUCGUUUGGCGGUAAGCUUGAGCAAAAUGCACGUAAGACACCCAUUUCAGGAUGAGUACUACUUUUUUUUCUCAGUGGGGGGGAAAAAAUUAUUUUCUUCGUUCAAACGCUAGAAAUGAAAAGUUCCAGACUUCAGUAGUGAUGGCGGUUAGACCGAAGGUGCAUCUAUAUACUAGUAAGGACAGUUAUUUAUGUGAUCUCCAUACUUGUCCGUCCCUAUUGUUCCGUUCUACUCUCCAUGAAGCGAAACCAGCCCUUAGUGAACUCACCACGUAUCGUCUCUUCCCAGAAAUAAUAACAAAUAAUAAUAUGAAUAACAACAUAGCGUUUUCAUACAAGGUGUGACGCCAGGUUUGUCGUUUUUAAACGACGAGCCCAGACGUUUUACAUUUACGGUGCUUCUUUUUUCUACUAAAGCCAUGCAAACUAUAACGUAAAUAUGUACAGUAAACUUCACAGGCGCUCCAUCCCGAAUACUCACUUUGGACGCGGGCUCAAUCCCUACGCUCUAUUAUCUUAAUGUAAUCCGAAAAAAAAAAAAACUUUAACAAAAAAUAACACAAAAAAAAAAUAAAACACCUACGGUCGCGAUAGUGCUUUAAGCAAACGGCUUCAUGACAUAAAUACCUGGCGUAACAUUUACAGGUAUAAAAACGCUGCACUCACCUUCUCCUCAGCUCCUGUACAAAUACUUUUGUUGUUUUUUUAGGUACCUGUUGCGAAAAACAAACCGACACUUCGGUGGUUGGUUAAGGUGACAUUUUGACUGCUUUCUGUCAGUGUUGUUUUGUUUGAUUUCUCUCAUUUUAUUCUCAUUUUGUGGGCCAAAACUUCAAGAGAUGCCGGGUCUUGUAAGACCCGGUGAUCUGGACCAGUACCGCGUCUCUCGCACCUCAGUGAUGGCAAAGUAUUUCGGAAAAUACGACCGUGAAGCUACUGAAACAGAAGAGAAAGAACAGAACAGAAGACAGAUAGACGCGCUGAGAAGGACGAGAAUAGUUGUGUGCGCGUGAUUAUUCUUUGUGAGUUUCUAUUUGCCGAUGCGUGCGUGUGCGUGUGUGUGUGCGCGCGGGUGUGUAUGUACUUGUGCAUGCUCAUCUACGUGUGGUGUAUACUAUUAAGUUUGUGUCUAUGUUCCCUUUUGCAAUCGUGAGUAUUAUGCAUUCAUAUUAUAUAGGAUUAACCGUAUCCGAUUUCUACACUUGGACAAAACAAUGAUUUUGCACAGUGGAGAUAAUACAAUGUGAAAUGAGACUUUAGCUGCAAGGUUGCAGAACAAAAUUAAUUUAGCCAUGAUCAGCCCAGCAAACAGUUGGACCAGAGCGAGGAACGGAUUGUUAGCAACACUGGGAUGGGUUGGUACACUGUUACUAGUGUUAGGGUCCAUAGCGACCGUGGUCAUGGCGACGAGGUGAUGGUGGUGAUUGUAUGCGGUGAAUAAGGGUGAAUACAGCAUAUAUAUCAGUAUAUAUAAAUAUAUGUAUAUAUAUCGAUGUAUAUAUAUGUAUAAACAAGCGAAAGCCCACUAUUUUGUUUCACUUUAUUGUUCCUGUUUUGUUUUUAUUUGUUUGUUUAUUGUGCAUCGCUAUGUACAAUAAUCUCUGACUUUGUCGUUCUUUGCCCCCCUUUAAAAAAACAACAACAACUGUCAACCGGUUUAGAGUGAAUGGAAAAGUAUUUUUGAAAGAAUUAUAUUUUGCUGGAAUACAAUAUUUAAGUACUUUGUCUAAAAUAUCCCUUUUUUGUAAGAUGAAAUUAAUGCAUGCUUUUUGACGAGAUGUUUACAUUGUAUUUAAAGAAGGGAAAACGUGUGCCUUUUUUAUCUCACCCAAUUUACAAUUUUCAAAGUGUAUAUUGUAAAUAACACAGCAAGGCUCUAUGUUGAGUUUAGUAUAUGAAAUUUAUACUUUAACCAUCCUGCAAAACGUAUGUGUUUUACCCCUCGUCGUAGUGUGUUGUGAGCUCGGAGAAAUGUAUAUAUAUAUAUAUAUAUAUACAUAUAUAUGUAUAUAUUUAUAUAUAUGGAGGAGUUAUGAAUGUAUCAAUCAAUUAUGAGCUUACUACCUGAAUGUUAGAGAGACGUCACUAACUCUUUUCUUUUUAAAUUAUUUGUUUUUGCAUAAUUUUUCUCUUUUUGUUGCAUUAUUUUCAUGUGACCCAGACGAAACGUCAGACAUUUUUCUUUGUUUGUUUUUGUAACAGAAGAUGUAUCAAGUAAUUGAUCUGAGAGUUGUUGCUGUCAUUUUGAUUUACUUCAAGUAAAGACUUAAUUGUAUGGUGGAUACCACAGUAAAAACAAGAAAUCACUCACUAUUAAAGAUUAAAUGCCGAAAAGUAUCA